UUCACUUAGUACUCCAUAUUAGCACUUCUCUGAAGAACUUCGUGGAGAUCAAAAAAAUGAGAAUGAGGGAGAGUUCUAAGGUUUCUGAAGAAGAAGCUCCUUAUCUCGCAUUACAAACUCAUGAAUAUGAUGAUAAUGAAGCUGCUGUGAAAGCUGAUGAUUCUCGUUUGAAUCAGCUCGGUUAUAAACAAGAACUCAGCCGGACACUCUCUGCGUUAUCAAACUUUGCUGUGACGUUCUCAAUCGUAUCAGUGAUAACUGGAUUGACAACAACGUACAACACUGGUUUGACGUUUGGAGGGCCCUUGACAAUAAUAUAUGGAUGGCCAAUAGCAGGAUUUUUCACACUGAUAGUUGGUUUUUCGAUGGCCGAGAUUUGUUCACCUUAUCCAACCUCUUGUGGACUCUAUUUUUCCUAGCGUUUUUAGGGGCCACUCAAAAGAAAUUAGGGGCCAACAAUAAAACAAAAAAGGUCACCCAAUCCUAA